UUUAUGCCCUUUUAUCUCACAGGUGGUGUCUAUGCUCUGACAGCCAUUAUGCAACAAUCAAUGAUGGCAAGCACAUCGUCUCUGGAAGAGGACUGGCGGUAAAGUUCGAGGUAUGUAUGCUACUCUUUCUCAUAUGGCCAUAAAUGAGUAUGACUCGGCUCGGCAAAGAAAAUUGACGGAGAAGGCGUGAAGAAAUGUGCUCUGCGACUUGGCUCUGUGUAUUUGUAUGACUGGAUGAGUGGAAUAUAUUAAAUUAGGGAAUUGAUUGGAUAGUUAGAUAGCGUGAAGAAAUGUGGUCUGCGACUUUGGGCUGUUAAGUUUUGUGCUUGAAUUUAUUGGAUAGUUAGAUAAUAUAUUAAUAUAUUAAAACUAGCAUUGCACACACUACAUGUGUGGGUGCCCAGGCGAAAAAGAGGUGGGCAAAUGUGAACUGGUGGAUGGAUCAUUAUUGAUGUGACUUAUGCCAUGAUUCUGAGGAGGAUCCGAACCCAAAUGCAGCAGGUGCCAGCUCCCCACUCUCUUCAUCUCUGCGCCGCCGGUUUCUCUUUCCCUCCACCGUCUCCGCCGAAUCCCUUCCAUUUUCACUGCCGUUCGAGUCCAGCAACAGAUAAAGGAUCAGCUCCGCUGGCGCCGCAGCAGCAUCAAUUUGACGGCUAUGCGGAGGAUGAAUCCUACGGCGAGGUUAACAGGAUCAUCGGUAGCCGGGCAGCCGAAGGCGAAAGAGGGAUGGAAUACCUGAUCAAGUGGAAAGACGAACACGCCCCGACCUGGAUCCCUUCCGAUUUCAUCACCAAGGACGUCGUCGCGGAGUACGAGAUCCCCUGGUGGACAGCCGUCAAAAAGGCCGACAAAUCCUCCUUGCAGGAGCUCCUAAACGCCGGCGACGGUGGGAGGGACGCAGACGCCGUGGACGAGGACGGGCGCACGGCUCUACUCUUCGUCUCCGGGCUUGGAUCCGAGGAUUGCGUCAAAUUGCUCGCCGAAGCAGGGGCGGACGUGAAUCACAGAGGGCGGUUUGACGCCUCUGCACAUGGCGGCAGGCUAUGUCCGGCCAGGAACAGUGAAGAUUCUGAUCGAACUCGGAGCAGACCCCAAGGCCGAGGACGACAAGGGGCAAACCCCCCUAGAUCUGGCGAGAACAAUCCUGAAGAAGCUAACCCCAAUGCAAUUCGACCAAAGGCUAGGGUUGCAGAAGAGUACCUGGUGAAGUGGAAGGACAGAGAGGCAAACGAGUGGGUGAAACGCGCUGCUGUAGCUGAUGAUCUGGUGGGCGAUUUUGAGGCGGGGGUGGAGUACGCGGUGGCANAGAAGAAGGUGGAGUAUUUGGUGAAGUGUUCGGACAUGGAAGAGGCAACUUGGGAGCCCGGAGAGAAUGUCGAUCCUGCAUUGAUCAUCGAGUUCAAGAAGAAGGAUCAGCACUUAUGAACCAACAUUGACAAGCUAUGUUGCACGGGUUGUUCCGAUACUCGAAUUCUUUGUAAAAUUUUGGGAACAAAUAUGGAGUUCACAUUUGUUCAACUAUAUGGAUAUGUGUUCGAAAAUACCCCGAACUUCAAGCAAUCCUUUGUAGAAACAGAUGUUUUUGCGUGAACACUCAUGUGUGGUCAUUGUUUUUCAUCUAUAUAAAUAUAGAUAUGGUGGUAUG